AUGAGCGACUCAAGAAAAUCAGUGAUCUGGCCUGUUUCUCAGCCCUUACCAGAGGUGAAGCAACUUAUAUACCGCUUCUUCGCUUUGGUGGACACGAAUUCGCAAGAGGUAGGGCCAGUCUUAGCCGAUGAGAUCUUUACCCAGGAUGGUGUGUUAAUAACGGCAAAUGCCAUAUUCCAAGGGGCCGCUAGUAAGACCCCUCCUCCUGGUCUUUCCCUCAAAUUCUCAAUGUUGUUCACUGAACUCGCGUUCAGAGAUAUCGCAAUCCAGAGAGGGUGCCUGGACGACGGUGAAAGCUCGACAGCAUACAAUCUUGAAAGUCUAUGUGAGCGACGCACAUGGCACGGAUAUCUUUUUAGUUGGUAA